CUGGUCCCCCCUCCGCAGUUGAACUAGUACAGGCUUUUUGAAGGUUUAUCAAGCUCGCGCUGAGUUCGUGUGAGGAGAAGUGGGCUGUGCUCGUGAUUAUAGCCUCGGUUCUACCUGUAACCAGUUGUCUUUAUUCAUAUUUCGGGUGUCUUUUAUGAGUAAUCAAAAGCAGCAGAAACCAACGCUAACAGGCCAGCGUUUUAAGACUCGAAAAAGAGAUGAAAAGGAGAGAUUUGACCCUACACAGUUUCAGGAGAGCAUUGUACAAGGUUUAAAUCAAACUGGCACUGAUUUAGAGGCUGUUGCCAAAUUCCUCGAUUCCUCUGGAGCCAAGCUCGAUUAUCGUCGCUAUGCAGAAACCCUGUUUGAUAUCCUGGUGGCUGGUGGAAUGCUGGCUCCGGGAGGUGCCUUAUCCGACGACAUGACUCGGACUAACUUCUGUCUCUUCACCGCACCAGAAGAUGUUAAGACCAUGAAAGCAUAUGCUCAGGUUUUUAACAAAUUAAUCCGGCGUUACAAGUACCUGGAGAAAGGUUUUGAAGAGGAGAUUAAAAAGCUGCUCCUGUUUUUAAAAGGGUUCAGUGAGUCUGAGCGUAACAAGCUUGCCAUGCUCACUGGCAUUUUACUGGCUAAUGGUAGCCUAUCAGCUUCAAUCCUUAGCAGCCUCUUUAAUGACAACUUGGUCAAAGACGGUGUGUCUCCAGCCUUUGCUGUGAAGCUGUUUAAAAUGUGGAUCAAUGAGAAGGACAUUAACUCUGUGGCUGCCAGUCUGCGUAAGGUUGGCAUGGACAACAGGUUGAUGGAGCUGUUUCCAGUGAACAAGCGAAGCUAUGACCACUUCUCAAAAUACUUCACUGAUGCUGGGCUUAAGGAGCUCUCUGAUUUUGCACGCAACCAGCAGUCCUUAGGAGCUCGCAAGGAGCUUCAGAAAGAGCUCCAAGAGCAGAUGUCUCAAGGGGUUUCUUUUAAAGAGAUCAUUGUGUAUGGCAAGGAAGAAAUGAAAAAGAGUGGCAUCUCUGAGCAGAUGGUGAUUUGUAUCAUGUGGGCCAGCAUCAUGGGCUCAGUGGAAUGGAAUAAGAAAGAGGAACUGGUCACUGAACAAGCCAUUAAACACUUGAAGCAACACAGCCCCCUUCUGAAGGCCUUCACCACACAGGGCCUGUCUGAGCUCACUCUGCUGCUGAGAGUUCAAGAGUAUUGUUAUGACAACAUCCAUUUCAUGAAAGCCUUCCAGAAGAUUGUUUUGCUGCUCUAUAAAGUGGAUGUUUUGAGUGAAGAGGCUGUUCUUAAGUGGUAUACUGAAGCUCACCUAGCCAAAGGAAAGAGUGUCUUCCUGGAGCAGAUGAAGAAGUUUGUGGAGUGGCUGAAAAAUGCUGAAGAGGAAUCGGAGUCUGAGGAGGAAACGGACUGAGACGGAAGCCAGGUUGCUUCUGGAAUGAGAACCAUCUACAGUCAGAACUGUUUAUCUUGUAAUUAAGUUGCUUGGUCUAGAUCACUUAAGUGAUUAAUUAACAUGACUGUUUUUAAAGUCCUUUUAGCAAGAAUUGUUACCUUUUUUAAGGUUGCAGUCAAUAUCAAGGAAGAAUGAGUUGUUCUCACAUCUAUGGAACUCUUGUCUAAGACCUUUUUAAGAUGUUAGUGAAAUUGUUCUGGAUGUUCAUGUACAAUAACACCAGUGUAACUUGACUUAUAAAAAUAAAGAAUAUUGUUUAA